AUGGCGGCGGCCCUGUCGGGCCUGGCUGUACGGCUGUCGCGCUCGGCCGCGACCGGCGGCUCGUACGGCGCCUUCUGCAAGGGGCUCACGCGCACGCUGAUCACCUACUUCGACCUGGCCUGGAGUUCUGCGCAUGAACUUCCCCUACUUUACGUCGUGGCUUCGGUGAUUCUCAACGUGCGCCUGCAGGUACAUAUUUAG